CAGCGCUUGCAUAGGUGUAGCAGGACUGUGGAGGCACCACCAUGUCCCGCUUACUGGACAUGAAGGAGUUUGGAGAGGCAGCGCCCUUUCUGCGCAAGUCGGAUCUCGAGUUACUGGGAGCACAAACGGUGGCAUUCGAUGGUAAGAAGCGUGCCUGGAUUCCGGACGAGAAGGAGGCAUACAUUGAAAUUGAAAUCAAGGAUAUUACCGGUGGCAAAGUUACCGUUGAGACCAAGGAUGGAAGGACCCUUACCGUGAAGGAGGAUGACAUCCAGCAAAUGAAUCCUCCCAAAUUCGAUAUGAUUGAGGAUAUGGCAAUGCUGACCCACCUGAACGAAGCUUCUGUGCUGUUUAACCUGCGGAAGCGCUACAGCAACUGGAUGAUAUAUACGUACUCCGGGCUGUUCUGUGUGACGGUGAACCCCUACAAGUGGCUCCCGGUUUACACGGCCCCUGUGGUGGCUGCCUACAAGGGCAAGCGCCGCUCAGAGGCCCCACCGCAUAUCUACUCCAUUGCCGACAAUGCCUACAAUCACAUGUUGUGCAAUCGUGAGAACCAGUCCAUGCUUAUCACGUAA